GCACAGUAGCUGUUCCCCUACGUUGACACAAUACCGCUGUGUGACGCACCAUCUCACACCGCCACAAGACGAACAGAGCUUGAGCUAUUUAAAGUGAUAACGGUGGAGAGUCUACGAAAAGGGAGAGUCCAAAUAAAUCGGAACAUUGGAUCGUUUCACGUCGAAUAAUCCACUUGACUACUGCCGUCGAUGCAAUAACCUGACUGAUUUCAUCGUACUGACAUUUCUACUGUGUCCUGUUAGCUUGUGUGUGUGUGUGUCGGCCCAUUUCUUUACAAAUUCAAGCGGAAAUUUCUAUUUCCGAGAACAUUUUCAGUCGGUUUUAUUAGUGAACCGGUGCAGUGUUAUACCUGUGACUUGUUUUAUUUAGCUUCAACUUCUAGCAGUCACAAAACAAGGAGGAUAUUUUUUUACAAUUUUAGUUCGAUUUUGGAGAAGGAAUUACGCCACUGACGCCAGUUUUCGGUAAGUUAACUCACAAAAAUCUAGUUAAUUCAUUUUAAAACUUAUUGACCCUUGUGCAAAUGUUAUCUUUCAAAUAAAUGAUGACAUCACAUUUGUGAGAGUUUGGGUUGAUAAUUGCAUAGAAUUUAGAAUACAUUUUUCCUUGAGACCAAACUCAACUCCAAAAAAGAGCCCGGGGCAGAUACAGCAAAAAAUCCUCACACAUUGGGAGAAUUUGGGUGGGGGGGGGGGGCGGGAGUGUGCAAAUAACUUAGCAUGCGGUUCGCUGAUCUAACGACCAUUUAUAAUAAUUUUAAAUGAUAAUAAUUUUUAUUUUAAAAAAGCAAUGCUAUAUUGAAAUGUAGUGGAUUAUUGUAUGCGUUACGGAAGACUUACAUGAGUAUAUUGGCAUUAGGGGGGGGGGGGGGGGGGCGAGAGUGUGCAAAUAACUUAGCAUGCGGUUCGCUGAUCUAACGACCAUUUAUAAUAAUUUUAAAUGAUAAUAAUUAUUAUUUUAAAAAAGCAAUGCUAUAUUGAAAUGUAGUGGAUUAUUGUAUGCGUUACGGAAGACUUACAUGAGUAUAUUGGCAUUACGGUAAGACUUACAAGAGUACAUAAACUAGAUUUUUUUUGGUCAAUGUUAGCCGCCUAUCUCCGGGUUUGAAUUCAGAGUUUCCUUCUCUUAGAUGAGUUGCCAUCCAAGGUUAACGAGUCCCAUUCACCCGCGGUGCUGUUGAUGUUUUUGGGUGGCUGGGUAUUGGUGGGGAUUGAACUCCAGACCAUUGAACUCAGUUGAAAUCACUCAGCCACUCAACAAGUGCCAACUUCAUCCCACCACUACCACCGCAUUAAUUUCUGUCACCAGCUUUCUUUCUGUCACCAGUAUUCUUUCUGUCACUAGCUUUCUUUCUGUGGUCAGCUUUCUUUCUAUGGCCAGCUUUCUUUCUGUCACCAGCUUUCUUUCUGUCACCAGCUUUCUUUCUGUCACCAGCUUUCUUUCUGUCACCAGCUUUCUUUCUGUGGCCAGUUUUCUUUUCUGUGGCAGCCUUCUUUCUGUCACCAGCUUUCUUUCUGUGGCCAUCUUUCUUUCUGUUGCCAGCUUUCUUUCUGUCGCCAGCUUUCUUUCUGUCACCAGCUUUCUUUCUGUGGCCAGCUUUCUUUCUGUCACCAGCUUUCUUUCUGUGGCCAGCUUUCUUUCUAUGGCCAUCUUUCUUUCUGUCACUAGCUUUCUUUCUAUAGCCAGCUUUCUUUCUGUCACCAGCUUUCUUUCUGUCACUAGCUUUCUUUCUGUCACCAUCUUUCUUUCUGUCACUAGCUUUCUUUCUGUCACAGCUUUCUUUCUGUCACCACCUUUUUUUCUGUCGCCAGCUUUCUUUCUGUCACCAGCUUUCUUUCUGUUGCCAGCUUUUUUCUGUUGCCAGCUUUCUUUCUGUCACUAACUUUCUUUAUGUCACCAGCUUUCUUUCUGUCACCAGCUUUUUGCCUGUGGUCAGCUUUCCUCCUGUCACCAGAUUUCUUUCUGUCACCAGCUUUCGUACUCAAAUGUUCGUGUCCACUAGUGACCGGUCUUGUAAAUUCAAGAAAUAUUUCUCUGCGGGUGGGAUUAUAAGAAAAAAAAAGUGUGUGUGGGGGAGGGGGGAGGGGGGUUUACACAUAAAAUGACAGGAACAAGGAACUAGAUUAUUUGUAACAUAACUAACUUUGGGCACCACAGUGUCUUUCGAAAAUAUCACACACAAAGAUGGUAGGGCGUUUAAGGCUCCCACCAUGAUCCACAGAUGGUAGGGCACGUAAUGAUCCCACCAUGAUCCACAGAUGGUAGGGCACGUAAGGUCCCCACCAUGAUCCACAGAUGGUAGGGCACGUAAGGUCCUCACCAUGAUCCACAGAUGGUAGGGCACGUAAGGGUCCCACCAUGAUCCACAGAUGGUAGGGCACGUAAUGAUCCCACCAUGAUCCACAGAUGGUAGGACAUGUAAGGUCCCCACCAUGAUCCACAGAUGGUAUGGCGUGUAAGGGUCCCACCAUAAUCCACAGAUGGUAGGGCGUGUAAGGGGCCCCACCAUGAUCCACAGAUGGUAGGGCGUGUAAGGGUCCCACCAUAAUCCACAGAUGGUAGGGCGUGUAAGGGGCCCUACCAUGAUCCACAGAUGUAGGGCGUGUAAGGGGCCCCACCAUGAUCCACAGAUGGUAAGGCGUGUAAGGGGCCCCACCAUGAUCCACAGAUGGUAGGGCGUGUAAGGGGUCCCACCAUGAUCCACAGAUGGUAAGGCGUGUAAGGGGCCCCACCAUGAUCCACAGAUGGUAGGGCGUAUAAGAGGCCCCACCAUGAUCCGCCAAUGAUGUCUCAUAAGAACAAGAAGUGUACAGCAACCAAAGAAACUAAUAAAACUAACUGAUACUAUUGGAGGGACUGCGCUCAAGGUGUAGUAGUAGUUAAAAAAAUGGUGGAGCUAUAUGAAAUAGGCUGGGAAAAAAAAGAUCGGACAAUUAAACGGACGUUUCGGCUAAACGCCUUCUUCGGCAGACAAGGCAAAGCAAGAAACAACAGAUACUUGAAGCUAAGAAAUAGAUAUAAUAACGUAUGCUUUCAUCUCAAUGACUCUGGCCGACCCUUGAGAAAACUUGUGUUGAAAAUCAAGCCGUCUACGUGUAGAGCUUUUUUUUCUUUCUUAUAACUUCAUUUAAAUCCUAUCAAAUUCUGCCCUGGAGAGAGACCAAUUUUUAAAAGUAUUCUCUGAGGUUUGUGAAUUUAUUCUCUUGUUGAACGUAAUUCUCUUAAGUCAGGUAGAUUUUCUUUUCCUUAAAGUCAAGGGCAUUUUAUUCCAGGGGUCCAUAUCUUGAAGACCACGGAGACUUUACAGAAUCCCUAAAAUGAAAUUUGAUCCCUUUCCCCCACCAAGGUUGAGCUUUAAUAAGUUAAAUAAUGAGACCCUUUGCCUUCCCCCCCCCCCCCACACACACAAAAAAAGCCGCCCCCCAGCCCCUGACACUGUAUCUGCCAUCAAAAUAAAAAUAAUACAACGUCAAAAACCAUCAAGGAGAAAGCCCUACUUUUGGGGAUUGGAACUUUGGGGAUUAGGCCAAGUGGGGAUUAGGCCAAGUGGGGAUUAGGCCAAUGUGGGGAUUACAAUCCCGUCUUAUUGAUACUCUAAAAGUACACUUGGAUUGAUAUCCCUCCUACAGAGGGCGACUACGCUAUGGGAUGCAAUCUGCCAAAUAAACUGUGUGGAGACAAAUGGAGGGGCUACCUUACUUUAGACGUGUCGUGAUUGAUCACUAUUGUAGUAUGAUACAUCAGCGGUUCUGAACCUGUGGGUCCCCUACACAGGGGUCGCUUAAGACCAUCGAAAUACAUAUUUAUGAAGUAGCAACGAAAAUAAUUUUAUGGUGGGGGGUCACAACAACAAGAGCAACUGUAUUAAAGGGUUGCGGCAAUAGAAAGGUUGAGAACCACUGGUUUAAAGUUACAAUAAGGACAUAGUGUAAAGUAACGAUUAGGACAUAGUCUAAGGUUACAAUAAGGACAUUGUCUAAAGUUACAAUAAGGCGGUCUGCCAUUCUACCAAUUAUUUGUUGAAGGCUGUUGCAGCCAUAUGCCCUCUUUUCAACUGUAGUAGACCAAAUGUUUUCGUUCUUCAACAUUUUAUGCACCAAAAAAAAAAGUAAUUCUUUUUUAGACGCAUACAGCACUAUGAGAUUUCCUGGUGUCACGUAUGAAGCUUUAGCUCUAAUCCUGGCUUGUUAAAAAAUUAAGCGACUGUAGGCGUGGGUGUAAGGUCAAAGGUCAGAUCGACCUACGAAGUCUGUACGCCGUAGUGGGCACGUACUAUGGGAGCCCCAGGUCCUGGUGUCAACUCCGUUAAACAUGUCGACAUGAUGUUAGUGGGGUUAAGUCUCUGUGUUGAAGUUUGGGGGUUCAUGCCUGUGAAGUUUGAUUUUAUCCAAGGGUUGAGGGGGGGGGAUGAAAAAAAAAGGGUCCCACCAUUAUCCCCCAAAGGGAGGGCGUGUAAGGGGCCCCACCAUGAUCCACAGAUGUAGGGCGUGUAAGGGGCCCCACCAUGAUCCACAGAUGGUAAGGCGUGUAAGGGGCCCCACCAUGAUCCACAGAUGGUAGGGCGUGUAAGGGGUCCCACCAUGAUCCACAGAUGGUAAGGCGUGUAAGGGGCCCCACCAUGAUCCACAGAUGGUAGGGCGUAUAAGAGGCCCCACCAUGAUCCGCCAAUGAUGUCUCAUAAGAACAAGAAGUGUACAGCAACCAAAGAAACUAAUAAAACUAACUGAUACUAUUGGAGGGACUGCGCUCAAGGUGUAGUAGUAGUUAAAAAAAUGGUGGAGCUAUAUGAAAUAGGCUGGGAAAAAAAAGAUCGGACAAUUAAACGGACGUUUCGGCUAAACGCCUUCUUCGGCAGACAAGGCAAAGCAAGAAACAACAGAUACUUGAAGCUAAGAAAUAGAUAUAAUAACGUAUGCUUUCAUCUCAAUGACUCUGGCCGACCCUUGAGAAAACUUGUGUUGAAAAUCAAGCCGUCUACGUGUAGAGCUUUUUUUUCUUUCUUAUAACUUCAUUUAAAUCCUAUCAAAUUCUGCCCUGGAGAGAGACCAAUUUUUAAAAGUAUUCUCUGAGGUUUGUGAAUUUAUUCUCUUGUUGAACGUAAUUCUCUUAAGUCAGGUAGAUUUUCUUUUCCUUAAAGUCAAGGGCAUUUUAUUCCAGGGGUCCAUAUCUUGAAGACCACGGAGACUUUACAGAAUCCCUAAAAUGAAAUUUGAUCCCUUUCACCUACCAAUGUUGAGCUUUAAUAAGUUAUAUAAUGAGAACCUUUGCAUUACCCCCCCCCCCCCACACACACAAAAAAAGCCGCCCCCCAGCCCCUGACACUGUAUCUGCCAUCAAAAUAAAAAUAAUACAACGUCAAAAACCAUCAAGGAGAAAGCCCUACUUUUGGGGAUUGGAACUUUGGGGAUUAGGCCAAGUGGGGAUUAGGCCAAGUGGGGAUUAGGCCAAUGUGGGGAUUACAAUCCCGUCUUAUUGAUACUCUAAAAGUACACUUGGAUUGAUAUCCCUCCUACAGAGGGCGACUACGCUAUGGGAUGCAAUCUGCCAAAUAAACUGUGUGGAGACAAAUGGAGGGGCUACCUUACUUUAGACGUGUCGUGAUUGAUCACUAUUGUAGUAUGAUACAUCAGCGGUUCUGAACCUGUGGGUCCCCUACACAGGGGUCGCUUAAGACCAUCGAAAUACAUAUUUAUGAAGUAGCAACGAAAAUAAUUUUAUGGUGGGGGGUCACAACAACAAGAGCAACUGUAUUAAAGGGUUGCGGCAAUAGAAAGGUUGAGAACCACUGGUUUAAAGUUACAAUAAGGACAUAGUGUAAAGUAACGAUUAGGACAUAGUCUAAGGUUACAAUAAGGACAUUGUCUAAAGUUACAAUAAGGCGGUCUGCCAUUCUACCAAUUAUUUGUUGAAGGCUGUUGCAGCCAUAUGCCCUCUUUUCAACUGUAGUAGACCAAAUGUUUUCGUUCUUCAACAUUUUAUGCACCAAAAAAAAAAGUAAUUCUUUUUUAGACGCAUACAGCACUAUGAGAUUUCCUGGUGUCACGUAUGAAGCUUUAGCUCUAAUCCUGGCUUGUUAAAAAAUUAAGCGACUGUAGGCGUGGGUGUAAGGUCAAAGGUCAGAUCGACCUACGAAGUCUGUACGCCGUAGUGGGCACGUACUAUGGGAGCCCCAGGUCCUGGUGUCAACUCCGUUAAACAUGUCGACAUGAUGUUAGUGGGGUUAAGUCUCUGUGUUGAAGUUUGGGGGUUCAUGCCUGUGAAGUUUGAUUUUAUCCAAGGGUUGAGGGGGGGGGGAUGAAAAAAGGGGGGGGGGGUGGAAAAAAAAAGGGGGGGGGAAGGGAGGAAGAAGGGAGGGGCUGACUCGCACCGAUCAGAAAUAUGGAACUGGCUCACAAGCAUUUAAUUUAUCUGACAGGGGCGGCGCUCUCCCAUUCUCUUCAAAUGAGUUGCGUUACAUAGUGGCGUAGCUAGUGUUAGAGGCACCCGGGGUGGGCCAAGCUUUUUUCCGCCCCUGCCACGAAAAAAAAAAUUCCUGCUGUUGCCCGAAUAUAAAGGAAAAAAAUUCCUCCCGGGAACCGACCAAAACUUUCACCUCACCCCCCUCUUUCCUACGCCACUGCGGAUACCUGCCGCCUAGGGCGUGCAAAGAUUUUCGCGUGCCCUCUUUUUCAAAAAUAAAACCUCUGGAGUUGGCCGGAAAUCCCGCCCCUCCACACCCCCUUCCUAAGCACUUUCAGUGAGAUGAACCUAAGGGCAGAUCAACCAGUAUGUCAGCACGGUGCAGAGGCCUGUGCCAUUUGGUUUAAUUGGCUUGAUUCAGAGUUAAUUCUUACAUCUCAGGAAUUAAAAGCGACAUGAGUCGAGGUGGGGGGGGGGGAGGUAAUACCGCUACAGCUUCAUCAACACCCCCUCCCCACACCAAACCACGGUUGUUAAAGAUACUUAUUAGUUGAGCGAUGAAAUCCCCAAAAAUAUCUGCCAUGUUUAUUAAAUGCAACAAGCUUUCAUGAUUUUCUCAUAAAGAGAUUUAAUGACUUUCUAAUUAACAGUUAUAGGACUUUUCUGUACCUUGGACAGUCUCGUUCCUCAUGUAACUCUCAGAAUAAAGCAGUUUUAAGAAAUGCAGAAUGAUUCAUUAAAAUACAAGACAUGUGGAUUUGUAUGGGGUCAUGGACAUUUGCUCCAAGAUAAGCUAAAUUUCCUUACAUGGACACAUCUCAGCUUUCUCUACCACCCUCUCCCCUCCGUCUCCCAUGAAAGUUGUGUUGAGAGUCCUACUAACCCCUAACUAACACCCAACUAACCCCUAACUAGCCCCUUACUAACCCCAACUAGCCAAUAAAUAACCCCUAACUAAUCAUGUUUUAGCUCAGACUUGCUGUAAAAAGCUACCAUUACUUUCAGCAUUGUGCCUUUCCCUCCUGUCAGAUGCUCAUCUAACUCUCUUUGCCCCCCUAGUAACCUCGCCUUCCUGUCAGAUCCCCAUCUGACUCUUUCUUUUGCCCUUCCCUAGUAACUUCACCCUCCUGUCAGAUAGACUGACUUUCCUUACCUCAGUAACCUCACCCUCCCGUAAGCUAUUUCCGACCCUAUUUACCACAGUGACCUCACCCUCCCGUAAGCUAUUUCCGACCCUCUUUACCACAGUGACCUCACCCUCCCGUAAGCUAUUUCCGACCCUCUUUACCACAGUGACCUCACCCUCCCGUAAGCUAUUUCCGACCCUCUUUACCACAGUGACCUCACCCUCCUGUAAGCUAUUUCCGACCCUCUUUACCACAGUAAUCUCUCCAGCUCAAGUGACCUCCUGGCCCUGCCAUCUUUGGACUAAUGUAGUUUUGCUACAAUCCGAAGAUCCAUCUCUAAAUAACAACUGUCGCGGGAGUGCCUAAUGAUCCCAGGCUGUAAAUCAAGUUGGAGUGACCAGACUGACCAUUACCCCGAGAGACGUUGGGUCCUAUAUAGUACCACCGUCGACAUUUAGCCCCGACUAUUGUUCGACAGCCGAGGACAUCUCCAAGACAGACGUACGGCAUCAGUUGAUCAUUUUGUUUCAAGCCCUACCCUCCCUCCCCCAUACCCGCUAAUGACAGUCACGGGAUAUCCCUCUUCUUUUUUUGUCCUUGGAGGCGGAGAGUUGAUAGAGUGGUUCUCAAACAUUUUUCUUACCCAAAGUCAGCCAAAAAAUCCAGUCUUUGGCCACCGCAAAUACCACGAUGACUCAUGGUGAAGAUGCGUAUCUAAACUACACAUUGACAAAUUACAACGUAUAUAUGUUGUUUUUUUUUAUGUUUCGCGGUAACUGCAACACAUAAUUAAUGGAAGAGGUCCUUCCACCCCCCCCCCAUACACACACACAUUUCCCCCCCAAAAAACUGUGAUGUUUCAAAUCUACGAUUUCCAUUUUUUUCUUUUCCGAAUAUUUCAUUUAAUGAUCACAGGCUAGAAAAGGACACACCUCUGUGUUGAUUACUUUACAUUCUUAGCACAUUCUUAUUACAUUCUUAGAACUUUCUUAGAAAAUUCUUAGUACAUUCGUAGUGCAUUCUUAGAAAAUUCGUUGUACAUUCUUAGGAAAUUAUUAGAACAUUCUUAGAAUUAGAACAUUCUUAGUACAUUCUUAGAACAUUCUUGGAACAUUCUUAGAACAUUUGCUUAGAACAUUCUUAGUACACUCCUGCUCUCAGAGACGAGUUUGUCGAUUUUGCCGUCAUUUUGUCCCGACUUAACCACCUUGUAUAGGUGUACUGUGUGCUGGUGGGCAGCGGAGUCAAAGGUGGAUGUGGUGGUUGCGGUGGAUGUGGUGGUUGCGGUGGAUCUGGUGGUUGCGGUGGAUCUGGUGGUUGCGGUGGAUGUCGUGGUUGCGGUGGAUCUGGUGGUUGCGGUGGAUGUGGAGGAUGCGUUUAUACUCGGGCGACAGUUUUUAAAAAAAUAAUAUGGAGGGGCGGAAAUUUCGACCAAAGGAAAGGGUUUUUACCAUAGGAGAGGACUUGUACCCGCCCCUGGUGACACUUACCCUAGCUACGCCACUGCUGACGUCACAUUCUUUCUCAUGUUUAGAUCGUUUUAGUCGGAUUGCACAAUGCCAGCGUGGUCUCAACGAAAGAUGCAGCACAGUGACAUAGUGGUCUCCGUGAAGGAUAACUCGUAGCCAGCCAAAAUGUGCUAUUUUGGCGCCAAAGAUGGCCGCUGCAAAUAAACAAACUCGUAUUACGUCAUACCGGGGGAAAUCGCCGAACACAAAUUGGAGAAAAAGCCCUGCUGACAUUUCUGGGUGUUCGCUUUGCUAUCGGUAUUUUCGGGGCCACAGUUCCCAGGGGAAUGGGGCAUUCGCGAUCAUGUACUCCUCAUAACUCAUCGCUCGUGUAAUACACUUCUAAGUUGUUGUUCCGCCCUGAUGUGAAAGACGGUGAUUUUUGGGCUACAUUUACAACUUUGAAAAGUUCAUGGCAUAGAAUGUGUUUUGAUGUGACAUAGCCAUUGACGUGGCUGAAUCAUUGUAUUAUACUUAUUCCUAGAAAUUAAUUAAUUCCCGUGAUCAAGGACUCCACCAAUUCCUAUCACCAUAGGUCACGUUGUUGUUAGCUAUGCUUAUUUCUAUGCGUGACUACAUUUAUACAGACAUGUAAUAAUCUGUUAAAGUAUAUAAAGAGUUUUAGUCUGUAAAGCUCUUCUUUGGUCUCUUACGUAAUGUCAUUGUGUCGGGGAACAUAUAGAUCGGAAAAUUUUCACCCUCCGCCCUAAGGCAAAAUCCCACCUGUAGGCACCCUAAGGCACACCCCACCUGUGGGCUCCAUCCCCUUAUUAGACUCCCUAACUUCAUCCAGGGAUAUGCGCCUACUGUCACGCCCCUUCACCUUUACUCUGAGAGUAAUGCUGUUAUCUCCCUGGUAGAGGGUCUAGCGCAGUGGUUCUCUACAUUCCUAAUGCCAUGACCCUUUAAUACAAUACCUCAUGUUGUGUUGACCCCCCAACCAUAAAAUUAUUUUAGUUACUAAUUCAUAAAUUUGCGUUUUCUGAUGGUCUUGGGUGACGCCUGUGUAAGGGUCGUACGACCCACAGGUUGAGAACCGCUGGUAUAGCGUGUGGCGCCUAAAAGCUCGCCUUCGCCAUUAGUUUUCAUGUCAUAAAUCUAGCACGUUCCAUUAGCUGUCCGUUGGUUACAUAAAUUAAUCAACAAACAGUAGUCAGGGAGUAGGCUGAUAGCGUCCAUAGCAACUGAAUUAGCCCGAAUGGUUGACGUGAUUUGUUGUUGUACAUCUCUACUUGAAAUUUUGAUGGGCCGGAUGGGGUUCAUAAUGUUCUCCGGAUAUUGAAGGGACUCGAACGAAAUGACCAUCUGAGAUAACAUCAGCGUUUGGGGACAGACUGCAGUCAACCAAGUGCGGCCGCCAGGGAUACGGUGUUAAGAAACAAUAAAAAUAACCAACUGAUAUGUAGAGCAUAGCGUGGAGGAGAGUUCAAACAAUCGAGGUGUCAAAUUAACUGUGUCAAAUUGACUGUGUCCAAUUAACUGUGUCAAAUUGACUGUUUCCAAUUGACUGUGUCCAAUUGACUGUGUCAAAUUGACUGUGUCAAAUUGACUGUGUCAAAUUGACUGUGUCAAAUUGACUGUGUCAAAUUGACUGUGUCAAAUUAACUGUGUCAAAUUGACUGUGUCAAAUUAACUGUGUCAAAUUGACUGUCAAAUUAACCGUGUCAAAUUGACUGUGUCAAAUUGACCGUGUCAAAUUGACUGUGUCAAGUUGACUGUGUCAAAUUGACUGUGUCAAAUUGACUGUGUGAAAUUGACUGUGUCAAACUAACUGUGUCAAAUUGACUGUGUCAAAUUGACUGUGUCAAAUUGACUGUGUCAAAUUGACUGUGUCAAAUUGACAGUGUCAAAUUGACUGUGUCAAAUUAACUGUGUCAAAUUGACUGUGUCAAAUUGACUGUGUCAAAUUGACUGUGUCAAAUUGACUGUGUCAAAUUAACUGUGUCAAAUUAACUGUGUCAAAUUAACAGUGUCAAAUUAACUGUGUCAAAUUAACUGUGUCAAAUUGACUGUGUCAAAUUAACUGUGUCAAAUUGACUGUGUCAAAUUGACUGUGUCAAAUUAACUGUGUCAAAUUGACUGUGUCAAAUUAACUGUGUCAAAUUGACUGUGUCAAAUUGACUGUGUCAAGUUAACUGUGUCAAAUUGACUGUGUCAAAUUAACUGUGUCAAAUUAACUGUGUCAAAUUGACUGUGUCAAUUUCGUUCAAAACGUCGCAUAUCAAAUGCCAUUGGGAAAUCUGCUUUGUGAAUCUCAGCAGUUUAGAAUGUUGGGAACUUGGUUUAAAAUUACCCAAAGACAGUUAACGGAAAGCUUUGAAUAUUUUAUCACUGAACUUGUGAUUAUGGGGAUUAUGGGGAUCAGUGAACACAUAUUCUAUAGGAAGGCUAAACCAGGGGCAGUUGACACCGGGUCCGGGUAGUUUGAGACAGUACCCGGGGGGUCCAAGGGUUACCCCCCCCCCCAAACAAACGAUUUAUUUUCACAUUUUCUGUAAUAUAUUCCGGCGUUUAAACAAUAGUCAUACGGACAGUCCAACACCCUACCUGCCGGUCUUUAAACAAUAGUCCUAAAGACAGUCCUACACCCUACCUGCCGGUCUUAAAACAAUAGUCCUACAGACAGUCAUACACCCUAAUUGCCGGUCUUUAAACAAUAGUCCUAAAGACAGUCCUACACACUACCUGCCGGUCUUUAAACAAUAGUCCUACAGACAGUCAUACACCCUAAUUGCCGGUCUUUAAACAAUUGUCCUACAGACAGUCCUAAACCCUACCUGCCAGUCUUUAAAUAAUUGUCCUACAGAUAGUCCUAAACCCUACCUGCCGGUAUUUAAACAAUUGUCCUACAGAAGUCCUACACCCUACCUGCCGGCCUUUAAACAAUAGUCCUACAGACAGUCCUGCACCCUACCUGCCGGGCUUUAAACAAUAGUCCUACAGACAGUCCUACACCCUACCCGUGACUUUUAAUAGAUUACCAGUCACCUCCCUAAGGAUUCAACCUUUUCCUGAGGUCAACCGUCACGCCUGACCGCUCACUACUUGACAGCUUUGGUUUUGUUUCACUCAGUACUAUUAAUAUAAAACAUGUUUGGUAGGGUUAGGGCCGGGUGGGAAAAGGAAGAAGCCACACCAGGAGCAAAAUAUAUACAAGAGAUAUCCCGAUUCAUAUCAACAUAGACGCCAUUGUAGCCGUACUUAUCUCUAUGUGUGGCUACAUUUGAGCAGAGCAUAUGAAAGUCCCAAAUAUUUGCCCACAUAUGUCCAUGACAAGAGCAAACAGUGAACUGUCUGACAUCUCGUGGCAGCCAACCUAUUUCGGUUGCGUUCUAUUUUAAAAUCGGGGAACUAAUGUAUUACAUUGAUGUCCUGUGGAUGCCCUGUGGAUGCCCUGUGGUUGUCCUGUGGAUCUGUGUUUUCAAAGUGGUAUCCGUGGACCGGCACCGGUCCGCGAGUCUUGCGUCGCAGGUCCGCCCGACAGGAAAAAUUAUGGUCACAUGAAAAGACAAAAAAAUAAAUUAGUAUAUCUGGCAAUUUGAAAACGCGUCCACUGGUUGGCCAAACUUCAAAGUAAAGGAAACACUGCCCUAGAUGAUCAUUACCUUUUGAACACUGACGUCAGUACAGUGGCACUAUGACAACUUGGAAUGACACAAACAUGAUCUAGGAGACGUGACUUACUGUUGUCUAAUGGCAACACCGGGACCCUGGGGGUUAUGGGAAUAGUGUGGAUGUAAUUACCGCUUUGAUGUUAAUGCAAACUUGAGAGACGGGCUUUGCUGGGGACGUGCUUUGCUGGGGACGUUCUUUGCUGUGGACGUUCUUUGCUGUGGACGUUCUUUGCUGUGGACGUUCUUUGCUGGGGACGUGCUUUGCUGGGGACGUGCUUUGCUGGGGACGUUCUUUGCUGGGGGCGUGCUUUGCUGGGGACGUGCUUUGCUGGGGACGUUCUUUGCUGGGGACGUUCUUUGCUGGGGACGUUCUUUGCUGGGGACGUUCUUUGCUGGGGACGUUCUUUGCUGGGGACGUUCUUUGCUGGGGACGUUCUUUGCUGGGGACGUGCUUUGCUGGGGACGUUCUUUGCUGGGGACGUUCUUUGCUGUGGACGUUCUUUGCUGGGGACGUUCUUUGCUGUGGACGUGCUUUGCUGGGGACGUUCUUUGCUGUGGACGUGCUUUGCUGUGGACGUUCUUUGCUGGGGACGUUCUUUGCUGUGGACGUGCUUUGCUGGGGACGUUCUUUGCUGUGGACGUGCUUUGCUGGGGACGUUCUUUGCUGGGGACGUGCUUUGCUGGGGACGUGCUUUGCUGGGGACGUGCUUUGCUGGGGACGUUCUUUGCUGGGGACGUUCUUUGCUGGGGACGUUCUUUGCUGGGGACGUUCUUUGCUGGGGACGUUCUUUGCUGGGGACGUUCUUUGCUGGGGACGUUCUUUGCUGGGGACGUUCUUUGCUGGGGACGUUCUUUGCUGGGGACGUUCUUUGCUGGGGACGUUCUUUGCUGGGGACGUUCUUUGCUGGGGACGUUCUUUGCUGGGGACGUUCUUUGCUGGGGACGUUCUUUGCUGGGGACGUUCUUUGCUGGGGACGUUCUUUGCUGGGGACGUUCUUUGCUGGGGACGUUCUUUGCUGGGGACGUUCUUUGCUGGGGACGUUCUUUGCUGGGGACGUUCUUUGCUGGGGACGUUCUUUGCUGGGGACGUUCUUUGCUGGGGACGUUCUUUGCUGGGGACGUUCUUUGCUGGGGACGUUCUUUGCUGGGGACGUUCUUUGCUGGGGACGUUCUUUGCUGGGGACGUUCUUUGCUGGGGACGUUCUUUGCUGGGGACGUUCUUUGCUGGGGACGUUCUUUGCUGGGGACGUUCUUUGCUGGGGACGUUCUUUGCUGGGGACGUUCUUUGCUGGGGACGUUCUUUGCUGGGGACGUUCUUUGCUGGGGACGUUCUUUGCUGGGGACGUUCUUUGCUGGGGACGUUCUUUGCUGGGGACGUUCUUUGCUGGGGACGUUCUUUGCUGGGGACGUUCUUUGCUGGGGACGUUCUUUGCUGGGGACGUUCUUUGCUGGGGACGUUCUUUGCUGGGGACGUUCUUUGCUGGGGACGUUCUUUGCUGGGGACGUUCUUUGCUGGGGACGUUCUUUGCUGGGGACGUUCUUUGCUGGGGACGUUCUUUGCUGGGGACGUUCUUUGCUGGGGACGUUCUUUGCUGGGGACGUUCUUUGCUGGGGACGUGCUUUGCUGGGGACGUGCUUUGCUGGGGACGUGCUUUGCUGGGGACGUGCUUUGCUGGAGACGUGCUUUGCUGUGGACGUGCUUUGCUGGGGACGUUCUUUGCUGGGGACGUGCUUUGCUGUGGACGUUCUUUGCUGGGGACGUGCUUUGCUGGGAAACUUUAAUGUGAGUCGGAGAAAAACUGGCGCUGUUGGCAGGUUUGACAUUGGUGCUGUUGGCAGGUUUGACAUUGGUGAUGUUAGCAGGUUGGACAAUUAUGUUGUUGGCAGGUUGAUAACGUAGCUGUUGGCAGGUUUGACGUUGAUGCUGUUGGAAGGGUGACAUUGGUGUUGUUGACAGAUUGACGUUGGUACUGUUGGCAGGUUGACAUUGGUGCUGUUGGCAGGUUUGACAAUUAUGCUGUUGGCAGGUUGAUAGUGGUGCUGUUGGGAGGUUUGACUUUGAUGCUGUUGGAAGGGUGACAUUGGUGCUGUUGACAGAUUGACAUUCGUGCUGUUGGCAGGUUGACAUUGGUGCUGUUGGUAGGUUGACUCUGGUGCUGUUAAAAGUUUGACAUUAUUGCUGUUAGCAAGUUUAACGUUGGUGCUGUUGGCAGGUUAACAUUGCUGCAGUUGGAAGGCUGACAUUGGUGCUGUUGGCAGGCGGACACUGGCACUGUUGCCAGGUUGACUUUGGCGCUGUUGGCAGGUUGACACUGGUAUUAUUGGCAGGUUGACACUGGCACUGUUGGCAGGUUGACACUGGCACUGUUGGCAGGUUGAAUUUGGCGCUCUUGCAGAUUAGAGACCGACCGCCAUUAAAUGACAAGCCCUAUUGGAUUCAAAACUUUGCAUUUUACUCUCUUUUUAAAUAUAUAUUUUAUGUCAAUCUGGGCAUAGGCGACCAGGUGACAAAAUUUGUGAUAGCUUCCAUCCAGUGGUGUAGCUACGGGGGUACUGGCGGCGGAUCGCACCGGGGGACACUAUCUCACGGGGUGACACCAAAUUGAACAAUUUCAUAUUUACAGAUCACACACAGCUCGGUCUAACCAAAUUACAUUAAAGGAAUACCGAAUACACUUAUAUUUUCCACAUAAAUUAACCAAUCCAAAUGCGUGCUUUAUUAAAAGUGAAGGUUGAUGCGUUAGAAAUGAAGUGACCCUAUUAUUAGGUCAGAAAAAAUUAUCGUUUUACCACGAUUCAACGCCAAUUUAAGUGUGUUGGGGGGGGGGGGGUGACAUCGUGAGUUUACCGUACCGGGUGACACCACCCUUAGCUACGCCACUACUUCCAGCUCUGGAAAGUAUCAAACAAAUUAUUUACAGCUUAUGUAAUGUGAAUUUAGUCACCAUAUUAGCCCACAUAUUAGCCCACAUAUUAGCCCACAUAUUAGCCCUCAUAUUAGCCACAACUAGAGUCUUGCAACUAGUGUCAUGGUUCCUUUCACGUAAUGACUUGGCACCUCACAACACCAUCAACCCCACUUGCACAUCAACCCAUCACCCCAAUCAAACCCCGACCCCGAUCAACCCCACUCAUCCAUAACUGCGACCCUUUGACGUUACAGCAUUGUAACACUGGUGGUUUAAGUGGUGAUUAAACUUGUGUAUGGACGGAUGGAAAGAUAGGUACUUGAAGUUCGACUGCUGUAAACUGAGACAAUGUUACCUUUAAUGUUACCUUUAAUGUUACCUUUAAUGUUACCUUUAAUGUUACCUUUAAUGUUACCUUUAAUGUUACCUUUAAUGUUACCUUUAAUGUUACCUUUAACACAUGUUACCUUUAACACAUGAAACAAAGCGUUGCUAGUUUUUUUUUUCUUUUUAAACAAAGAAACACCUCAUUUUAAUUUCUCUACAGGAAAGUUCCUGGUUCAAAUUUCUUAUAUGUCAUCAUAUUGUCGUCCAACAUUGUAUUUGCCGUCUAUUCCAACACCGACCCACUUAUAGCUUGCAUGGUUGUAGUUGAGGUGCGAAUAUACAAAUAGGCUGAAUUUGGUGUGCUGAUAUACAUCAUCAGCAGCAACAUCAGUGGCGCUUCAGCCGAUGUAGGGCCCUGGCCUGAUCCACCCGAUACUUACCCCAUGUGAAUAGAUCCAUGGCUGUCCGCCUCCAUACAUACUUGGAUCCCAAGCUUGUCUCACCAACUGGUGUAAGUCAUCCACAAUGUCAAUCCAUCUCAGUCUUGGUCGACCGGUGAGCCCAGGUUUCUGUCCGUAGAUCACUUCAGCGGCUCUACAAUCCGGCAUAAAGAGGCGGGCCACCGCUCCUGAAUGCUUGGUACAUUCUAGGCAUAGGUCGCCAUCCUUAAGUUACCCCCAUGUCCAGGCAUAGGUCGCCAUCCAUAAGUUACCCCCAUGUCCAGGCAAAGGUCGCCAUCCUUAAGUUACCCCCAUGUCCAGGCAUAUGUCGCCAUCCAUAAGUUACCCCCAUGUCCAGGCUUAGGUCACCAUCCAUAAGUUACCCCCUUGUUUAUUCUUAGGUCGAAAUCCAUAAAUAUCAGUCCAUUUUUUCGUUUGUGAUUUAGCUUCCGUAACAUUGCAUUUGACGUAACAGGUUCGUCAGCCUUGCGCACUACCGUCUGCUGGCUGGGGUGGGGAUACCCCUUACAGCUCUCAAAGUACCUGCUUUUGUUUUAGAUUUAGAUCACUUCCUUGCCUGUGUGGACCCCUAUACUUCCUAAUAGACAACAUGACCUUAUUUUUUUUUUUGGGGGGGGGGGGUGGCGGUUAGGUGCAAAUUUACAACAUUGCUUUUGUGGUGGUGCUUAUAGACUACAUUGUUUUAGUGGUGGUGCUUACAGACUACAUUGCCGAAUAAAAUAGUGUUUUAAUGUGAUCCACAUUAUGGUCAUAAAUUUAAAUAUAUCUCCUGAAUUGAUCUACUGAAUUAUUAUAAUAUACACAACAGGUUUACACCCCGCUUUACCCGAAAUACCGGUUGCCCAUUGAAAGGGAGUGGGUGGCUAAGCUUGAAAUGGGACUGACACACAAGGACCAACUCUAAAAUAGUUUUGUUUUAAAACUUCGAAUGGCUACCGUAGGCUGGACGUGACACAUAUUCUCAAUGAACUACCGAAUCUCAUUCUCAUUUUAACAGCCAGACAUCUUUUGCUGAAGUUGAGAUUUAUCUCCGGCCAUAUUCCACGGGGGGCUCGCUCAUGUCACGUGCUUAGAACCCCUGAUAGCCAGAUACCUAUCACGGAAACAGCUACUUGAAGCAUGACAAGUCUGAACCACGUGACACUUUUAUUCAUGAUCUGUCUUCUGUUGUAGACAGUGUCGCAUCCUACAGCAUUAUAUAGGGGGGGGGUGAUUUAAUAUGACCAGUGGCGUAGCCAGGGUUAGAGGCAUUAAGGGAUGGGCCAAGAUUUCCCCCCCCCCUCCCCGACAGAAAAAAAACUCUGCAUCUGGCCGAAACUGGCGACUCUCAAAAUAUAGAUAAAAAUUCUGCCCAGAUUUUCCACCCCCUCCACCCCCACCCCUCCAUGCCCUUCCCACGCCAUUAACAAUUAGGAGCAUUAAUGUUUAGAAUGAUCAUUAACAAUUAAAUAAGGGGGAAACAUACUAUGGUGGGCAAGCAGGUAGACUGCUGUGUUACACCCAUUAAACAAUUGGUCUAACAGGGUCUUUGAGUAGGCUACAGUGUGCUCUCAGGCCUAGGGUGGGCACGGUGGUGGAAAGAAACUCAUACCAGUAAUCCACAGAGGUGUGGGAUCCGGCCAACAUCUGGGCCAACAUCUGGACAGUUAGUGGAAGGUUGCAUUAAAGAUUGAAUAACAAGUUUGAAUUAAAGAUUGAAUGACAAGUUUGAAUUAAACAUUGAAUAACAAGUUUGAAUUAAAGAUUGAAUGACAAGUUUGAAUUAAAGAUUGAAUGACAAGUUUGAAAUAAAGAUUGAAUAACAAGUUUGAAUUAAAAAUUGAAUGACAAGUUUGAAUUAAAGAUUGAAUAACAAGUUUGAAUUAAAGAUUUAUGACAAGUUUGAAUUAAAGAUUGAAUGACAAGUUUGAAUUAAAGAUUGAAUGACAAGUUUGAAUUAAAGAUUGAAUGACAAGUUUGAAUUAAAGAUUGAAUGACAAGUUUGAAUUAAAGAUUGAAUAACAAGUUUGAAUUAAAGAUUGAAUGACAAGUUUGAAUUAAAGAUUGAAUAACAAGUUUGAAUUAAAGAUUGAAUGACAAGUUUGAAUUAAAGAUUGAAUGACAAGUUUGAAUUAAAGAUUGAAUAACAUGUUUGAAUUAAAGAUUGAAUAACAAGUUUGAAUUAAAGAUUGAAUGACAAGUUUGAAUUAAACAUUGAAUAACAAGUUUGAAUUAAAGAUUGAAUGCCAAGUUUGAAUUAAAGAUUGAAUAACAAGUUUGAGUUAAAGAUUGAAUGACAAGUUUGAAUUAAACAUUGAAUAACAAGUUUGAAUUAAAACCACCCUCCCACAUCUCCACAUGUUUUAUAUUAGUAGUACUGAGUACAUAUAUGUUUGGUCAUUUAUAUUUGGUCAUCUUAGUUUGGCCAUCUUAGUUUGGUCAUUUAUGUUUGAUCAUCUAUGUUUGGUCAGCCAUGAUCUAUGUUUGGUCAGCCAUGUUAGGGUAUAUUAUUCCCAAGUCACAAAAUAAAGUUGUUAUCCCUUGUUACACAGAAAUUCAUUGAUACAUGGAAGCUAGGGUCAGUCCAAGUCAUACACCGUAGGGUCAGUCCAAGUUAAUACACCGUAGGGACAAUCCAAGUCCAUACUCCAUGGGGUCAGUCAACUUUAAUAAACCAUAGGGACAGUCCAAGUCAAUACACCAUAGGGUCAGUCCAAGUCGAUAAACCAUAGGGACAGUCUAAGUCAAUACACCAUGGGAUCAGUCAACGUUGAUACACCAUUGGGUCAGUCCAAGUCAAUACACCAUAGAGACAGUCAAAGUCAAUACACCUUUGGGGUUGUCCAAGUCAAUACACCAAAGGGUCAGUCCAAGUCAAUACACCAUAGGGUCAGUCCAAGUCAAUACACCAUGGGAUCAGUCAACGUUGAUACACCAUAGGGCCAGUCCAAGUCAGUAUACCAUAGGGUCAGUCUAAGUCACUACACCAUUAGGGUCAGUUUAAGUCAAUGCAUCAUAGAGUCAGUCCAAGUCAAUUUACCAUACGGUCAAACGUUUACUACAAAGUAAAAUACCAAAGUAAUAUAACAACACCCCAAAAAUCUCGUUCACCAGAGUCGACAUUACAUGACGUGUAAGUAUGACUGAUGUCAAUUAAAUGACACUUGAGUGGGUGUGGUGGAGGAAGUCAGGAUAAAAGGUCGUUUGGGGGAAGGGCGCCCCUAAAAGUAAAUAUCCAGACUCACCAUUGCUAUAUUGUCUAGAUCAUUGUGACAUAUAGUACCAUCAUGUUACACUAACAUUGUUAAAAUCAUGUUACAGUAACAUUGGUGAAAAUCCUUUUACAGUAAAACUUGUAAGUCAUGUUGCAGCAACAUGGGUAAAAUCAUGUUACAGUAAAAAUGGUAAAGUAAUGUUACGGUAAUAAUGCCAAAAUCAUACUACAGUAGCAAUGGUGAAAAUCAUUUUACAGUAAAUUUGGUAAGUUAUUUUACAAUAACAUACAAGAAACUCUUGAAAUAAAUAUAUCAAAACAUGGGAAACAACGGUAGGGUCUGGGGGGGGGGGGGGGGGGCAGGAGGGGGGGGAAGGGGGUGGGGCGGGGGGGAGGGGGGCAAGGGGGGGAGGGGGCAGGUCUGGGGGGAAGGGAGCAGGUCUGGGGGGAAGGGGGCAGGUCUGGGGGGAAGGGGGCAGGUUCUUCGUACUUCUCUAUGGGAUUGCUUACCAAGAACGUGAUUGGAAACUAAAUCUCGGGAGAUCACAUUGCACGAGACAGGGAGGUCAAAGGCAACAAUGACCUCCCUUCCCUUUUGUUGUGUUGUUGCAAGUAGAAAUUGUCAAAUAUUAAAACGUACAGACGAACUGGAGCCCAUUCUGUAAUUAUUCUACGACUAUUGUCCGUGCUAGAUCUAUUGCCCGUGCUAGAUCUAUUGUCCGUGCUAGAUCUAUUGCCCGUACUAGAUCUAUUGCCCAUGCUAGAUCCAUUGCCCGUACUAGAUCCUUUACCAAUAUCUAAUCUAUUGCCCGAACUAGAUCUAUUGCCCUGUACUAAGUCUAUUGCCGAUGCCUAUCCCAUUGUCCGUUAUUUGCCUAUUUCCCGUACUAAGCAUAUUCUGGAAUAAGGAGAUAUUCACCAUAUUUGAGUUUUUACAAUAAUCAUUGGUUUUCAGCUCCGCCCCACGGGGAGGAGCCUUCCAUUAUUAAGUAAAAUCCUGACAUGAUCUUUGGUCAAUGAAUAUUAGUUUUUCGCUAUUUAAUUAUUUAUUAUAGUAAAUACUUGUGUUUAAAAUUUACAUAUUACAAAUAACAGGUUAGGUACUUGAUAUUGGUUGUAUGAGUGCCUCAGACUGAAGUGCCUUAAGGUGUAAUUGCCACUAACCCCCCCCCCCUUUAACACCCCCACUCCCCCAUACAAACACGCCGCCCGUUCCCCACCCUCGGGCACUUCAGAGUUUAUGACCUUGCCCUUGAGUCAUGUCACCUUCAACUCCUUUACCAGUUUGUCCUCUNACAGCCCUGACACGGACUCCCUCUCCCCUGACUUUGACUCCCACACCCCUGACAUUGACUCCCCCCCCCUUUAACACCCCCACUCCCCCAUACAAACACGCCGCCCGUUCCCCACCCUCGGGCACUUCAGAGUUUAUGACCUUGCCCUUGAGUCAUGUCACCUUCAACUCCUUUACCAGUUUGUCCUCUCAGUCUAUGGUUUGACUGAUUACCAACUAAUGGCCCGCAUCCCUGUUAUUCACCUUCAAAUGACCUACUAAAUCCCAUAAACACUUCCGUUUAUUGUACACAUGCUAUUAUACAAUAUUUUUUUUUUCCACAGUCAAACGGAUGCUCGUAAAAUACCAGCCAGUUAUAAAUCUAAUGAGCGAUAUGGUUGAAGUCAGUGCUAUUUAUAGAAAUCUGUCUUGUCAAAACGCUAACACAAUUCUGUACAUUCCAGGACAUUCGUUCAUUUUCCAGUUUUCAAAGUAGCAAUUCGCCAGCAUCUUUGGGGGAGGGGGGAGAGACAUAAAUAUUGUAAACAUUGCAAUGAUAGUCACCUAUUUUCCAAUAAUAGUCACCUAUUUUCCAAUGAAAGUCGCCUAUUUUCCAAUGAUAGUCGCCUAUUUAUUAUAAAUGUUUUCUGUUUGUUGCAUGAUGAAGACAUACCACUCAUGGGGACAAGUGGGUUUAAGCAUCCUAAUGACACUGUGUCCGUGUUAAUGGGUGGUUGUAGUACUCACGCCUUGGUCAAGCACACACACACACUGUGUCCGUGUUAAUGGGCGGUUGUAGUACUCACGCCUUGGUCAAGCACACACACACACUGUGUCCGUGUUAAUGGGUGGUUGUAGUACUCACGCCUUGGUCAAGCACACACACACACUGUGUCCGUGUUAAUGGGUGGUUGUAGUACUCACGCCUUGGUCAAGCACACACACACUGUGUCCGUGUUAAUGGGUGGUUGAAGUACUCACGUCUUGGUCAAGCACACACAGCCACUUUAAACCACGGGGACUUAAUCAGGGCAUUGCGUACCCGCUGAACCCUUCAGUUUCGCCCCAAGAGCCAGACUCCAUUUUAAACUUGCUUUUGUUCAAUUCCGAUCUUUUAUAAGAGAAAGUAUUGAUGAAAGGUGACAUGAGCCACAGUAAGAGAUUGGUGAGUAGAAAGUAUUGGUGAAAUGUAACAUAAGCCACAGUAAGAGAUUGUUAAAUAGAAAGUAUUGGUGAAAGAAGUCUUAAGCCACAGUAAGAGAUUAGCUUUGCGUUUAUGAUGAUUAAAAUCGUUUAAUAAAAUGAUGUUUUAUUUUUUUUUUAGUCAUCGUGCUGUACGGCCAUCACUUAUUUCGUUGUGUUUUUAUUCAAAUGUGAGGGGCUGUUUGUAAACAGACUGUAAACAAAUAUGAACAUCUCGGCCUGUAGUAGCUUGAGAACCACUGCGAAAUUCCAGUUUAUUGGUCUAAUUUGUUUUAUGGCAGCGGGUAUUCUGAGUCAAGUGAAAGUCUGGAGUAGAGUGUUAUUUUAUAAACGAUAUCUACAAGUAUUUAUCGAUAGCAGACGGUGCGUAAUUCAAGGUCAACAUGUGGUCUGGAGGUUAUCUUGGAAGGAAGUUGUACAUAGUCUUGGCUGGAUGAAUUUCAAGAAAUUAUAUCUUAAAAACAUUCAUGACCCAAAGCAAGUCUAUCCAGAUUGGGAGUAAGGCACUUUGUGAAGCCAAUGGGUUCGAAAUACUGUAGAGGAAACUGAAAUGUUUUAUUUAUUUUUUGAAAAUAUUUUCUGUACAGAAGUUUCUUUCCGUAAUGCAUUUUAAGAAAUAAAAAAAUUAAAAGUUCUAGCUUUUAGUGCGUUUAAAUUCGUCUAUGAACGAAAGCUUUAAAACAAUUAAUUAAUAUCCGCUUUUUAGUAUGACAAUGUCAAUCUCUUAUUAAUUGAGAAAAGAACAUCUAAAAAACAAGAAGAACAAAAUGCUUACAAAAUCCCGGGUAGAGCGACUUCACUCUCUACCCAAGCAUAGAGCGAAUCAGUCGAACUGAACCACUGCCACAUUUUAUACGUCUGGUCGCUUGCCGUCCGUUGAUCAGAGUAAGUGCUGGAAUGUCCUGCCCGCCCCCCCCCCCUCCAAAAUCCUACUGGUAGGACCUACAGGUAGGACCGACAGGUAGGAGCUACAGGUUGCACUGACAGAUAAGACUGACAGGUAGAGCAUAAAGGUAGGGCCGACAGGAAGGACCGACAGGUAGGACCUACAGGUAGGACAUACAGGUAGGACAUACAGUAGGACAUACAGGUAGGACCGGCGGUUAUUGGAAGGAAAGGGGUUGGUUUUUCAUCUUUACAACCAACUUGUCUUAUUUCCCCCCAUCACUCACCACCCCCAUCGCCUCACCCUCUCCCUCGCCCUAGCCAACCGGAGCUCUCAGUCUGUGUCAUCAACUGAGAUACAACCUUUCAGGUCAGCACGAGACAGGCGCGAUCAGCCGUGGCGAGAGGGUCACGUGACGUUAUAUGUCAGUUGAAAGAAAGCAUUUUUAAAACGGUUAGGAAUGGCUGCGAAGACGAACAAAAUUUCAAAUUUGUAUAAACCUAGGAGAGGGAGGGGAAUGGUGCGUCACGUAUGUGGGUCACAUGGAUCGAAUGGAAGUUUAAUCGAAUUUUUUUUUUUUCAGUUCACAAGAUCCCACUAUACUAUAUGGUAAAACAAAAUAAUGCGCUCAAAAAGAUAUUUGACGCAAAAUUACAUCGUGUGAACUGGAGAAAAAAAAUUCGACAAACUUCCGUUCGAUCAAAUUUUCAUUCGAUCAAACUUCCGUCGAUCAAUUUUCCAUCGACGAAAUUUCUUUCAAACAAAUUUCAGGAUACCAUAUUAUAUAUAAAGAAUAUAUUAUAAUAAAUAAACGAAGAAUUUAGACAGAUUUUGUUUUCAUCGUUGGAGGAAGUAAAACAAAAAUUUAAUUCAUAACUCUGUCCAUUGCGUCCUUUAUUUGGCAAGAUUAAACUAGGUUUGUUCUUGAAUAAUCUAUAACAUGGUCUGUUACAAUCUACCUUGUGUAUCAUCACACCCACCUAGAGUGGUUUCUUUCUGAUAUAUUUAAUAUACGGUUAUUUAAUUUCAUACUCCCUUCGUCUCUCUCCCCCCUCUCUCUCUCUCUCUCUCACUCACUCACUGACAAACACACACACACACACACAAUCCACCCCAUAUUCCUUCCCUCCAAUCUCUCUCCCUGACACACACACACACACACAAUCCAUUCCAUAUUCCUUCCUUCCAAUCUCUCUCUCUGUCUUCACAGACGCUCAUAACCAUAGAAAUGCAGGCCGGGGUUUGAUGCGACUGGUUGGCACAGGCCGGGGUUUGAUGCGACUGGUUGGCACAGGCCGGGGUUUGAUGCGACUGGUUGGCACAGGCCGGGGUUUGAUGCGACUGGUUGGCACAGGCCGGGGUUUGAUGCGACUGGUUGGCACAGGUCGGGGUUUGAUGCGACUGGUUGGCACAGGCCGGGGUUUGAUGCGACUGGUUGGCACACACACGGUCUCCUUACUUUGUUCUGUGUUCAUGUAGCCACACUGGUGUAGCCACAAUAAUCAUUUCACACUGAUGUAGCCUACUUAAUGUAGCCAAAAUGAUGAAGUCACACUAUUAUAGCUACACUAGUGUAGCUAUACUAAUGUAGCUCUAAUGUAGCGAUACUAAUGAACUCAAACUAAAGUAGCCACAACAAUGUAGCCAAACAACCAAAUGUAGCCACACUAAACGUAGCCAUCUUUGAUUUACCCUUACUAAUGUAGCCACACUGAUGUAGCCACAUCUAAUGUAGCCACCCCGAUGAAGCCACACUAAUGUAGCCACACUGAUUUAGCUACUCAUAUAGCCACACUCAAGAGCCACACUAAAUGUAGCCACACUGAUUUAGCUACUCAUAUAGCCACACUCAAGAGCCACACUAAAUGUAGCCAUACUAAUGUAGCCACACUGAUUUAGCCACUCUAAAUGUAGCAACCAGGAUGUUUCCGGACUUAUUUAGGCUCCAACACUGUACUGCACAUUUUCUUACGUUAAUCUCUUGACCUAACCCAUCCUUCCUUAGGGUUCUCAUGCCAUUUCAUUGUUUACCUUUACAUUCUAUUUACAUUCUAUUUACAUUCCAUUUACAGCUGCCAGAGUAGUGAAAUAGUGAGGGGGCGCCAUUUUGGAUAGCUUCAGCGUUUUUAUCGUGGAAGGGUGCGGUAAAAUCGUGGCCCGCCCUGGGGGGGGGGCACUUAUAAGCUAGCUACGCCACUGGAAACCAGGCUUAUCCUUGAACCACCCCCCCCCCUCCCGUCCCAAUUUAUGAACUUAACAUUGCAACGUUAACAUUCAAAACUUCAGCACAUAAACCGAACCACUAAAACCAAAUCAAGAAUGUCAGUGACAGGUCACGGUGACCCCCAACGGGUGUGUGUAAUGUUGGGACUUACGGUAAACGUUUUAAUUUCUUGAAACAAUUAAAAUACCCAAAUCCAACUGAUGCAGUUUUUAUUUUGUACCACCGGAUGUGAGUGUGGAGAGCUAAUGGUACGUUCAGGGUUGAUGGUCAGAACUGUUUAAAGGGUAGGGGAAGGUUUUUCUGAGGAAAGUAACGUUAGCAGGGUGUCAAACAGGGACUGGACAGACAUCGGGUUCUGUCUUUACAUCGCUCGGACUGGAGAGACAUUGGAUUUUCGUCUUUACAUUGCUGGGAAUGGACAGACAUUGGGUUUUCGCCUUACAUUGCUGGGACUGGACAGACAUUGGGUUUCUGUCUUUACAUCGCGAUGAUAUCAAGUCCAUAUUACCCCCGGCUCGAAGAGGGAAGGAUAAUUGUAAGAUUGUGUUCCAUUAUAACAUAGGAAUCUGUCUAGUGAAUAAAGGAGAGGAAAUGGUUUUGUCAUUUUGAAUUUUAUUUUCCUGGGGGUGGGGGUGGCGUGGUUGUGCUCCGGUGAACUCUACCUUGAAGUCUUGUCAUUUGACGUAUUAUUGCUUUAAGUGGUGGGCUUGUCUCGAUUUGAUAUUUUUAUUUGCGUCUAUUUGGUUGGCUUGUGUCUGUUUAUUUAUCAUAUAUUAUACCAAGCCCUACCUAUCACACUUUUAAGCGCAUGAUAUUACCAAGGACACAACGCAUUCAAUUGUUUUAUUCUUUCCCCCAACAGAACUGAGUAAGAAGUGCACACCUGACGGCCAUGAGGAAACACCUGAUAGCGCUCGACGGCAACCAGCAAUCUGACUAUGCAUUUAAAUGGUACCUGGAGCAUUUCAACAGGUGAGUGGAGUCCCCAACAGUGGCGGAUAAAUGAGAGGAAAUUUGGGCAGCUCGAUAGUUUAUUAAGACGGACACCAUUAAGUGUGUGUGUGUGUGGGGGGGGGGGUUAAUUUGAUAUUAACAAAACUCAUUCUUUUACUUAUUAUUUAAAGUGUAUUGACCUAACUAGGACAUCUUAAUAUCUAACACUGUUAUAUUGGACACUUUUCCCCGUGCGUGAACUUUGCUUGACCCCAAAUUAGAUUCCUAGCGCACGCUACGUACAUAAAUGGGCAUGGCUUAGUCCUUUGAUCUGUCGUGUUUACUGCCGACUACCAAUUAAACAUGGUUAGUUUGUCUCAUAGUAUCUUGUGGAACUUUCUCGAUUUGACGAGAAACGUAAACAAUGUAAAAGGCGUUUCUGGACGCUUCGGUAGACCCACUAUAUAAAUAAGGGGUUUCGGAGAUUCAGAUAGAUUGAUAGAUAUUUUUUACUUCACGAGACGUGUAUUAUUCUUUGUGUACUCAUGUGUUUAUUCGCAUUCUUCAUUCAUCAUUAUUAAUUGGCACAUUGUACUAAGUGUGGACUGGUACAAGAUUUUCCCAUACUCUGUAAGUUGGUGAUUUAUAAUAAUAUUUCUUUUGUUUUUUUUAUUAAAUCUUAUUAGUUGUAAUUGUUACUGUUUUUGGUGCCGUAUUUUUGUAUUGUAUUUUUAUGGUAUCAUCCUUUGUUAGGCACUGUUCGAACGAGCCAUAAAUUUAAACUAGGAGAUUAAUUUCUCACAAUAGAGCCCAGUGCGUAACAACACACUUAAGUUAUUCUGUGUUAAAAUCCCAAACAAGCCUCACAUAUUUAAAACAUUGUAAUGAUAUAAUUUUUUUUCCGAUGUCUGGACUAAUUUUAGAGAAAACGCCUGACAAUUAUAUUUUAUUGAUGUGAAUGUAUUUUAUAUAGAAGCAUUUAGUUCCCGUAUAAAACCCGGUAAUGGCAUCACUUGGUUCUUGUGAAGAUAGUUCCUGUAAAUAACCUAGUAGUGGCAUCACUUGGUUCUUGUGAAGAUAGUUCCUGUAAAUAACCUGGUAGUGGCAUCACUUGGUUCUUGUGAAGAUAGUUCCUGUAAAUAACCUGGUAGUGGCAUCACUUGGUUCUUGUGAAGAUAGUUCCUGUAAAUAACCUAGUAGUGGCAUCACUUGGUUCUUGUGAAGAUAGUUCCUGUAAAUAACCUGGUAGUGGCAUCACUUGGUUCUUGUGAAGAUAGUUCCUGUAAAUAACCUAGUAGUGGCAUCACUUGGUUCUUGUGAAGAUAGUUCCUGUAAAUAACCUUGUAGUGGCAUCACUUGGUUCUUGUGAAGAUAGUUCCUGUAAAUAACCUAGUAGUGGCAUCACUUGGUUCUUGUGAAGAUAGUUCCUGUAAAUAACCUGGUAGUGGCAUCACUUGGUUCUUGUGAAGAUAGUUCCUGUAAAUAACCUGGUAGUGGCAUCACUUGGUUCUUGUGAAGAUAGUUCCUGUAAAUAACCUUGUAGUGGCAUCACUUGGUUCUUGUGAAGAUAGUUCCUGUAAAUAACCUUGUAGUGGCAUCACUUAGUUCUUGUGAAGAUAUUUCCUGUAAAUAACCUGGUAGUGGCAUCACUUGGUUCUUGUGAAGAUAGUUCCUGUAAAUAACCUAGUAGUGGCAUCACUUGGUUCUUGUGAAGAUAUUUCCUGUAAAUAACCUGGUAGUGGCAUCACUUGGUUCUUGUGAAGAUAUUUCCUGUAAAUAACCUUGUAGUGGCAUCACUUGGUUCUUGUGAAGAUAUUUCCUGUAAAUAACCUUGUAGUGGCAUCACUUGGUUCUUGUGAAGAUAUUUCCUGUAAAUAACCUUAUAGUGGCAUCACUUGGUUCUUGUAAAGAUAUUUCGACAUUAAAAGUCUUUAAAACAAAGGCGGUAAUGAAAAGAUUCAUGGAAAGAGAAGCCAAACGCUUUCGGCCUUGUAUCCACUUAAUCACUAUAUGCAAUUGAACUCUGAAUCCACAUUGGUUCUGUAUCCACUUCCAGGUGAAAAGGAUCAUGGGCGGCUGAAAAAGUAAUCAAAUGAUAAGUUUUUUUAUGUCCCAUAACUCUGAUUUACCAUAGACAGACAUUAGUCAAGCGUAGGUAACUAUUACGUUAAAAAAACGUUCUGUUUUCAGGCCGAGUGACGUAGUGGUGAUAUUUUACUGUUCCCAGUUCCAGCUUAGUGUGGGACUCCCUGGUCUGGCGGUCAAUGUGGAGUCGGUCAGCAAGCAGGUGAAAGAGGCCCUGCAGAAGGCGGACGCCAUAACCUUGGGAGCCAAUGAAGUGCUCAAGUCUAAAGGUCAGUGUACAGCUAUUAAGUCUAAACAUAAGGGUACUUUCUAAAGGGUAAUUCUAAAGGUCAGUGUACAGCUAAGUCUAAACAUAAGGGUACAGCCAAGUCUAAAGGGUACUUUCUAAGGGUAAUUCUAAAGGUCAGUGUACAGCUAAGUCUAAACAUAAGGGUACAGCCAAGUCUAAAGGUCAGUGUGCAGCUAGUCUAAACAUAAGGGUACAGCCAUGUCUAAAGGUCAAUGUACAGCAAAGUCUAAACAUAAGGGUACAGCCAAUUCUAAAGGUCAGUGUUUGACCGGCCUUUGGCUGGACUUGAACACCAGACCACCAACUUGAGGUUUGCUCAGUUUAGACCAUUUGGCCACCCAGUCACCUCGGGUGGAUGAGACUCGUUAACCUUGGUCGGCAACUCAUCUAAGAGAAGGAAACUCUGAAUUCAAACCCGGAGUUGGAGUCCCGUAAGGCGCAAACAAUGACAAUUCCUGCAACCGAACCCAUCCCUGGUCGUCUUGACGUAGAGUCUUGCCACUGGACAUGAUGGGCUCGGACGAGAGAGUGAGGUAGACCCCGCGCAACUCUUCUUCACUUUAAACAAAGUCAUCCGCGCAAGUCAUCAGUCACCAGACGACUCGAUGGUCCUCGUCGAUCCUCGACGGACGAACAAUAAAAGGUCAGUGUACAGCUAAGUCUAAACAUAAGGGUACAGCCAAGUCUAAAGGUCAGUGUUGAGCCUAUUCUAACGUCAGUGUACAGCCAAGUCUAAAGAUAAGUGUACAGCCAAGUCUAUGGUCAGUGGACAGCUAAUUCUACAGGUUCGUGUACAGCCAACUAAAAGGUUAUAGUACAGCUCAGUCUAAAGAUAAGUGUACUGUGUACAGCCAAGUCUAAAGAUAAGGUUAACUUUUUAAGGUUAAAUUUUGGUUGAUUUUGCCUGACUUAAUCUAUUAUUAUUUAAUCAUGUUAAUAAUUAAAGUAUGACUAUCCUCCCAGGUAUCAAAGGUUACAUCAUAAUCAAGUCAGGCAUGAAGCCAGAAGACGGCGUUUUGGCAGCAGCAGACGAGGAAAAAGUUGACCAAAUCUUUAUGGGGACACGUGACCUUGGCACCAUCCAGAGGGCGUUUAUCGGCAGCGUCAGCACACAAGUGGUCCGUAACGCCAAAGUGCCCGUUACAAUUGUCAAAAUGCCCCAUUAAUGAAUGUAAAGCUUUUUUUAAAAAAAAUAAAUCAAAAUGUCAUCUCUUCCAAUAUUAAAAUGUCCCCAAGAAUUUUUUUGUUUAACUUUUAUUUUUAUGAACAGUUUGUUGAAAUUACUUUGAAAUAAAAACAAAUAAAGAUUUUCUUGAUAAAACAUAAACAAACAUACCAUUGAUUUAAACAAAAUAAAAUAGAUAAUUUUCUAUUUAGCUGUUGCUCUGACAACACUUCAGUUUAUUUCAACUUCUUUCAAGUCAUUUUUAACCAACUUUCCUAUGUCUUGAAGGGGGUCAAAUUUGAUAAACAGAGGAGUUUUGACUGACAUUUUAAUGUGUGAAAAUUUGAUACAUCCUGAGAAUGAAUUGUCUUUUAUUUAAAAUAAAAUAAUUAGUCUUUUACUUAUUUAAAUUUAAAAAAUCACAGAAAUGAGAUGAAAGAUAUUCUUUGUUAAAGGUUUUCUCAUGCUAAUGUUUAAGAAAAAUGUUUGGACCCAGAAUUAAACAUUUUAUCUUGAAAUUUGAUUAAAAGUUCUUGUAGAGUAGUACAAUAAAUCAACAUUUUUAGGUGAAUGGAGUUUACGGUAAACAAGUCUUUUGAAAUGUGCAUUGUAGUCUUUUGAAAUGUGUAUUGUAGUCUUUUGAAAUGUGUAUUGCAGUCUUUUGAAAUGUGUUUUGUAGUCUUUUGAAAUUUGUUUCGGGCUAUUAUUUGUCAAUCUAUUUUCUGAGUCUGAUGUUUCCUCCUGCACAAAAUGAAAUGAAUACCUCAGUGAUUGACAAGCCAUUCUAUCACAACAGACAUGCUACAUUGUAGCUAAGAACCCAGUAAGCCAUUCUAUCACAACAGAUAUGCUACAUCGUAGCUAAGAACCCAGUGCUUGUGCCUUAGACAUUUGGUGUGGCACCUGCAAAUUAUGGAAAUGAAAUAAAAAGCAUUUGAUUUGUGAACAUGGGUUGGACUAUGAACAAAUGAAGUGGACAAUUUUGUCUCCAGGUCUGCUAAAUCAGCUUGAAGUUCAAUGAAAAUGUCAAUUUUUUUUUUUAAUUUAGAAAUAUGUCAUAAACAUUAAAAAUAUUAUAGUGUUAGAAACAAUUAUUAUGUAUUGGCUACUGAUAGUUUAAAAAAAUACUUUGUUCAGGGGCCAGAUUCAUUCUUUUUAUUACCAAAUGUUCUAAAAAUAAAAAUUAAUCAGUCUCACAGCAAUUUAUAAUAACUUUAUAAUAAAAUGGUGAAAUUAUUUAUGUCAACAAGUUAUUGAUAUCCGUUGAACUGAAAUGUCUUGUAAUUUUUUUUCAUAAAAUUAUUGUUUUUUUAAAAAAUCCUUUAUUUGUGUGUGUAUGUGUGUCCUAAGACUAUAAAUGGCUUACUUUAGAAAGUUUCAUAUUUGAUUCACUCAUUUAAUUAUUGUCAUGGAAUGUAAAGCUUGCAUGAAUGGUGGAUGAGGAAGGGCGCAUCUUAAAGCAAUUUGCAUUUAAAUGAUGAACUUUUGAAUAUAACAAGAACUUGGCAGCAUUGUCCUGUAAAUUAAUUUGGUGGCGUUUGUGUCCCAAACUGUCAGAAGCUGUUAAUCUCUGACAAGCAUUUAAACAAACCAUUUUCUCCCCAACUUGUUAGUGGUGCCUGCUAGGGUCAGCCUAUUAUUUUCCCCCAACUUGUUAGUGGUGCCUGCUAGGGUCAGCCUAUUAUUUUCCCCCAACUUGUUAGUGGUGCCUGCUAGGGUCAGCCUAUUAUUUUCCCCCAACUUGUUAGUGGUGCCUGCUAGGGUCAGCCUAUUAUUUUCCCCCAACUUGUUAGUGGUGCCUGCUAGGGUCAGCCUAUUAUUUUCCCCCAACUUGUUAGUGGUGCCUGCUAGGGUCAGCCUAUUAUUUUCCCCCAGCUUGUUAGUGGUGCCUGCUAGGGUCAGCCUAUUAUUUUCCCCCAACUUGUUAGUGGUGCCUGCUAGGGUCAGCCUAUUAUUAUUUCAAGAUUUCUAAUAUAAGAAAAAAGUUUUAUGUUUAAGUAGGAUUUAGUUAAACUAUUUUCUAAAGCUGUGUUCUCAAAAUUCAACGAUUCUCCCUAUUCCAAGUCCUCUACUUAAAUUUGAAGUCAAUUUUUCUACUUAAAUUUGAAGUCAAUGUUUCUACUUAAAUUUGAAGUCAAUGUUUCUACUGAAGUUUGAAGUCAAUGUUUCUACUGAAGUCUGAAGUCAAUGUUUCUACUUAAAUUUGAAGUCAAUGUUUCUACUUAAAUUUGAAGUCAAUGUUUCUACUGAAGUUUGAAGUCAAUGUUUCUACUGAAGUUUGAAGUCAAUGUUUCUACUGAAGUUUGAAGUCAAUGUUUCUACUGAAGUUUGAAGUCAAUGUUUCUACUGAAGUUUGAAGUCAAUGUUUCUACUUAAGUUUGAAGUCAAUCUUUCUACUUAAGUUUGAUAUCAAUCUUUUUACUUAAGUUUGAAGUCAAUCUUUCUCCUUAAGUUUGAAUUUAAUCUUUUUACUUAAGUUUGAA